AUGCGAGGAAGCAACGUUUCGAAAAGGGUCACCACCUUUGAUCACAAUCACAGUUUCGAAGCCCGAGAAUGUUAUCAUCGACAUCAAGGGAUUAUUACGUCAGGAUGGUACAAGCUCACAAAAUUAUUAACGGUUACUCUCGAGAAUGCAAUGCAAAAGCUUGAAUGGAACAAGAUGGGAGUGAAGGUUGAUGGCCUGCAGCUACGCCCUAUGCGCUUUGCUGAUGAUAUCGUCCAGGUAAUGUUUAACGGCAGCCAAGCGGAACAAUUGCUGGCCGAGUUCGAAGAAACAUAUGAAACCAUAGGUGUUCAGCUGAAUCUACGAAAGACUAUGUUUAUGAGAAACAUGGAUUUUUGA